ACGACGUCAGCUUCGCCAGGUUUUAGCGUCCGGCUCUACUCCCGGCUCUGCCAUGGCGCCCAAAGGCGGUUCCAAGCAGCAAUCCGAAGAGGACCUCCUCUUACAGGAUUUCAGCCGCAACCUCUCGGCCAAAUCCACCGCGCUCUUUUUCGGGAACGCCUUCAUCGUGUCGGCCAUCCCGAUCUGGUUAUAUUGGCGAAUAUGGCACAUGGAUCUUAUUCAGUCUGCUGUUUUGUACAGUGUGAUGACCCUUGUAAGCACUUACUUGGUAGCAUUUGCCUACAAAAAUGUGAAAUUUGUUCUCAAGCACAAAGUGGCACAGAAGAGGGAGGAUGCUGUUUCCAAAGAAGUGACAAGAAAACUUUCUGAAGCUGAUAAUAGAAAGAUGUCUCGGAAGGAAAAAGAUGAAAGGAUCUUGUGGAAGAAGAACGAAGUAGCUGAUUAUGAAGCGACAACAUUUUCCAUCUUCUACAACAACACUCUCUUCCUGGUUCUCGUCAUUGUGGCUUCCUUUUUUAUACUGAAGAACUUCAACCCCACAGUGAAUUAUAUUUUGUCCAUAAGUGCUUCAUCAGGUCUCAUCGCCCUCCUGUCAACUGGCUCCAAGUAGACCAUUUCAGCCUCACUCCCUGGCUUUGUAGCUCUGGGUGGCCUGAGGUAUAUGUAAAAGUAGCAGGGUGGUCGGUCAGGGUGGGAAACACACAAGAUGCUUUUAUAGUCUGGAAUUUGAGGGUUUAAAAAACCCCAGCAAGAUGUAAUUCAAUAUGUGUUUGUUGGCUCUUUUUGACAGAUUGUUGAAAUUAAAUGAAUGAAUGGGAAACUCAGAGUACCAGAACAUUUAUUAAAAGGCAGAGUGUCUUGCAAUGUGCUAUAAUCAUAAAAGAAAAUAACUUGUUUCCUUCAUCUGUCAGAGGUCACAGUAACCUGGACUGAGCUGUUAUUAUUUAUUACAGUUGCAAGAAGUUAAUAACUGGUUCUCUCUGUUCCAACUACAAUAUUACAACUUCUUUGGAGCCUUACAAGUAUCAGAAUAAGUCCUGUCUCAGAGAGAGAAUAGAAGCCUCAUGUUUGCAAGACUAUGGAUUUGUGAUUUGAAAUAACAGUUGAAAACAUGGCUUGUCCAUCUUGGGAAAGUGAAACUUGUGGAAAAGUGUUUUUUUUUUCCCUCAAAGAAGAAAGGCAGCCAAGCCAGUAACCUAAAAAUAGUGCCCAGAGUUGUCCUGUGGGGUUAAAGCACACAAUGUUCACUGUAUAGCUUUGACACUGUGUGGCCAGAGAAGUCAGCUUGACCCUAACGUGUUGGUUUCACCUGUUAGGAGACUAGGUGCAUUCUUUUUCUCUUUGAGGGUCUGAGGGUCUGACUGUAGCUUGGAGGAAGUUAGGGGGAGACCUUUUUCCUGUGUAUUGAUAUGUAAAAGACCAAAGUGAUAUUUAGGUCCCAAAUUCUUAGAAUUCCAAGGAAUUAGUUAUUUUAGUGCUUGUCAGCAUUUUCCAUUAGGAUGGUCUUACAUUUAACCCUUUAGUCCACAGAUUUCUAAAUUUGAACUUUUGGUCCAUAGAACCCUAUCAAUUCUAAACAGAAUAUUAAAUGUCUCUAUUCCUGGGGGGGGGGUGUCUAAGAGUAGUCUCCUAUUUUUUUAGUUGUUAAGUGUUCACAUGUCAUUUUCUGUGUGCCACGGUUUGAAAAAGUUUGUGAUGCUCCACUUUUAACCUGUCUCACUUAAACAAACUACAGAAUUAUAGUCACACUGGUUUUGGUUUCCUGUAAGUUUCUGCCCACAUCCAGUACUUUCCUAAAAGCAGUAAGUGGCUCAAAGGGAAUAGUAACUUUAACAUUCAGUUUCCAAGUUUAAGGUAAAUAUUGCAAAUAAUCUCUACUUUUUAGCUUAUCACUAUAGAAAGGUAUUCGCCAGGAGUUGGUCUUCCACUUCCAUGCUGUUGGAUUUUCAGUACUUGGGGAGGAGGGAGGACACUUGGAUGAUGACCACGACCAGGUCAGCAGCGUCUUCAGCUGAGGACUGGUUAUUGCUUUUACAAGUUGGCAGGCCUUUGACGCCUUGCUCUACAUGCCCUCACGGGUAGUGUGGACUGAUAGGGAAUCUGAAGAGACUCGGCUAGUUAGUGUAUGUAACUCGUGAAAGGUUGGCUUUUAUUACUGUUUUAACUUUUUUUCCUGUUGAUGAAUAAGUGGUUACUAAACGUUUGGCAACAUGGAGUUAGUGCACCACAUGCAUUUGCUUGUUGGACAAACCACUGGUGUCAGCUGUUUUUAGAGGGCUGGAGCAAGUCUAUAGAUUGGAGAUUUAAAAAUUGCCACUAGAUGGCAUUGCUGGAUAGAUGGGGAGAAAUGCCACAUGCUUCUUACAAUGGGGUGUUCAACAGGGGCAUCUGCUCAAUAUGCUUAGUAGAAAGUCUUGUGACUUAAUAAGCUAAAUCUGUGGAAAAGCAAGGAAGCAAAAUUUGCCUUUAAUCCUAAAUUUUUCCUAGAGCAUUUUUAGAUUAUAAUCAUGAUUCUGGUUUAGAUUUUCUGCACUGUUAGAUAAAUUUCUGGGCGUGAACAUAAGGCAUGUGCACUGACAGUUCGCAGUUUUCAUUAAGGAUUCACUGUUAUCCUCUUGGGAAUCGAACUCUUUCCCCACCUGAUAUGGCUGUGUGGCACAUAGAAGUAUGACAUGCUGAAUCUGGUUAGGUAGUAAAAGCCUGCUGUAAGUGUCACCUUAAGGAGACCCCAUGUCCAACAACAGUAAAAUAAAAAGGGUUCUGCAAUUGGUAUUCAAAGUGAAGUUUCUUUUGCAUAUUCCUUGUCAAAAGAGGAGGCUUGAAGCAUUGUAUUUCCCUAUUUUUAGUUUCUUCAUUUACAAUGUAAUAAAGUUGUUGGGUUGAAAUUAUUCUUGGCCAGUAAAAUUUUACUACUUGUCCUAUUUGGUAUGUUAUUUGAACCAAGAGUUGAAGCUAACUGAAAUAUGGAAGUUGAAUUCAUACCCAAACGUCUUGUGAACGUCUUGCUUAUUAUUAUUAAACUUUGCUUUUUAAAAUCUG